UGCAGGCAGUGGCCUAGAUGUUUGAAACGCCAGGUUUUUUUUUUUUUUGGUUCACUGGUUGACUUUUUCAAUCUCUGACCGAAUGUGAUGGGGAAGUUCUGAGAAACAGAACUUCAAGAAAAGUUGUGAACCACAUCAUUUAGCAGUUUUAACACUUCUUCAGGUUGUGUUCUGCAGGCUGACCAUCACUUGGCCGGUGUUUUUGUGCCAGUGGCGCACGGACACACGCACCAACAUGGGGAAAUUCAGGUGGAACAGGUAGACAUCCACUCAGAGACUGAAGCCCAUUGUUUCCCCGGGACGGUCAGGCCUAAGUUCCACCUGAGUGACACAGCCAUGGCCUUGGAGGCGGACGGCCACAGAGCUUUAUCAAGGAGCGCUCAUGAAAAAUAUCCCCGGGCGGCGUUGGAGCGCAACGGCUACGUGAGGACAUGUGUCACCCCGCUGCAGCAGGACGCAGGGAGCCAGUCGUGGCUGAGACUCGCCGUGGCAUGGACUUGCAGAAGAAGAUUGUCGUCUGCGGCGUGCGUCGCCUCAGUCUCCGUUAUUCUCGCUCUGCUGCUCACAUUGGUCGACUGGGAUGCAGGCAGCAGCAGCAGCAGCAGCAGAGGAAAUAGCAGCGGCUCCGGCUCCGGUCUUCACUCCGCGGCGGGCUGUGCAGUGGAGCUGCUGUUGACUGUGUGUCACUGCGUCUCCCCGGUUUUCACCCUCGUAUGUGCCUUCUUCUGGGUCGGACUGUAUCUGAUCCGCUGCGGCGUGCUGGUCCGCACCGCACUCUUCUUGUUAGCGGUGUGCCACUUGGGCGAAGCCGCGGCGCAGUCGCUCCUGCGCGGCGCCGAGGAGAAGCUGCUGUCCCUCCCCGCGACCCUGGUAGUCCUCGGCUGCCUGGGCAGCGGGGCUCUGCUGGUCGUCCGGCUGGGUCAGGGAGUGUCGAUCCUCGUCUUCGUCAGCGUCAUCCGGGCCGUGUCCCUCGUCUCUCUGAGCAGGGUCCGGGCCAGCUGGAGACCCUACCUGGCCUACCUGCUGGGGCUGCUGGGGGUUUUGCUUGCGCGGUAUGCUGACCGGCUUCUGCCGGCCCCAGGGACCAGCGGGACGGGGUGCUGUGGCUCUGUGACCGGGGCGAAGGAGGAGGACAUCCCUGUCUUCAAAAGGAGACGGAGGUCCAGCUCCAUAGCGGCCUCGGAAAUGAUGGCUCAUGGUCACAACAACAGCAAGUCCCACCGCAGGACUUCGCUGCCAUGCAUUCCGCGGGACCAGUCGUCGGGCACCAGUGUGGUAGUGGACAUCGCCGUGAUGGGGGAGGCCCACGGUUUGAUCUCAGACCUGCUGGCCGACCCCUCACUGCCCCCCAACACCUGCAUCUCUCUGAAGGCCGUCAGCAACCUCCUUAGCACCCAGAUCAGCCUCCAGCCGCUGCACCAGCCUCGCAUCCCUGCCGACACACAAGGCUGGUCCGACUCGGAGGAGGGGCCCGACAAAGCAGAGAGACUGGCCAUCCCAAAGCGUCUCAGGCGGAGUCUGCCCCCAGGCUUGCUAAGGAGAAUCUCAUCAACAUGGACCACAACCACCUCAGCGACAGGGCUGCCCACCAUCGAGCCGGGCCCUGUACGCCGAGACCGCUCAGCCAGCAUCAAACACACCACAGACAGUGAAUCAUGGAACAACUCAGUGAUGAUGACCAUCUCAAAGAGCCGCUCCAUGUCGGCCUCCUGUGCUGCCUCCGUCACCUCCAACCACCUUUUCAGCAAAUCAAUGGGAAGACCCGGUUUCCCUCCCUCCAACGUAUCACCUCUGGGCUCUCCAUGCCCGUCUCCUCCCGUCCAGGGCACGCCCGUCUCCAGUCCUACGAUAAAGACAUGUUCAGUGCAGCUUCCUGAUGUGGCUAGCCCACUAACCGAGUGCCCCCCUGGCCCUGUGGCCCCCAAGAGCCAUCACAGAGCCUUAACUCACAGCCAGAGCGCCCCAGACUCCACCACCCCUCACUGGCGGCCUCCAUCACUCUGCGGCAGCUGUGGCAGGCCGUUCAAUAAUCGCCUAAACCACAGGGUCGAUUCAGUCGACAAAGGGGACAGAAUACCUCAUCCAGAUGAGCGUGCAGUAGCGUCAUCCGACUACGACAGCACCUAUGACAGCACCUACGAGACCAACCACAGUGACAGCAGCGACUUUGCACAGAACGAAGAGGAGGGAGAAGGAAGGAAGAAGCUGCCAGAAGCAAGGGAAGGAUGCAGAGAGUAUCCAACAGAGGGCGUAGUUCUCCAUCCACUCCUGCCGUCACCAGGGGACAAGCCCAUCCUGGCACUGGAGACUCUGGUGAUGCCGGGUCUUGAGGAGUCUCUGAAUAGUCAACUCAACAACUGGAACUUUCCAAUUUUCAGUCUGGUGGAGAAGACGCACGUGAAUGGUAAUUUCUCCUCUCCCCUGCAGGCUCUUCUAUACAACGACCGAUCGGUCUUGGAAAACCAUCAUGCAGCUUCAGCUUGGAACCUGUUCAUGUCUCGACCCGAGUACAACUUCCUCAUCAACCUCGAACACGUGGAGUUCAAGCGCUUCCGCUUCCUCGUCAUUGAAGCCAUCCUGGCCACCGACCUCAAAAAGCAUUUUGACUUCCUCGCAGAGUUCAAUGCAAAGGUGGGUGAUGAAGGCGUGUCUUGCAUCGACUGGACCAACGAGAACGAUCGAUUGCUGGUGUGCCAGAUGUGCAUCAAGCUGGCUGAUGUGAAUGGACCACUGAAGUGUAAGGACCUGCACCUGCAGUGGACAGAGGGGAUCGUCAACGAGUUCUACGAACAAGGUGAUGAAGAAGCAAGCCUGGGUCUUCCCAUCAGCCCAUUCAUGGACCACUCGGCUCCGCAGCUCGCUAAACUACAGGAGUCCUUCAUCACUCACAUAGUUGGACCUCUGUGCUCUUCCUACCACUCUGCUGCUCUCAUGCCGGGACGUUGGGUCGACCCACCUGAGGGACCGGAGGAGGAGGAGGUGAAGGUAGAACAAGAUAUAGAGGAAGACGAGGAAGACGAGGAAGAUACGGCAGACGAGGACGCAUUGGGAUUGGACACAUCCCAGCAACAAGAAAACAAAAAGAUGAAGAGAAGGAAAGUGUUUUGCCAGAUCACACAGCAUCUUUUGGAAAACCACGAAAUGUGGAAGAAGGUGAUUUCUGCAGAGGCCCAGGAGGAGGUGCAGAAAGAGGACCCAAACCGCUGCCCCGCCGUUCCAAUCACAGCCAUUCAUGAGGAAGAGGAAGAGCAAGCAAGCAAAGAGGAGGAGUCGACUGACAGCCUUGAUGAAAGGGAUGAGGUCCAGGCUUCGGACGAAGAGGAAAUCCUUCAGCAAUCAAAGACUUCAGGGGAAAAAGAGGAAGAACCGGAAUGAUAUUACAGACUUAGACCUCCUCUUAAACCAGGAAUCUGAACAUUGUCUAAAAAAAAAUUGUUUCUUACGUAACUAAACUCUUGAUAUGGUAGCCAGCACAUCACUUUGACACAACACUGUAGAAGAUGUUUUGGGUAAUAUGUGCCUAACAAACACAGGGUUCAAGGAUAUGACUGAGAGGCAAAUAAGUUGAAAAAGAAAAAAAAGAGAAUGAUUGAGACUGUAUUCACAUUUGUUGUCAUGUUUGUUUUAGUCUGGAUCUGGUGCCCUGCCCUCGCCCAGGCUGCCCAUCCUGCACUAUGAGCCAACCAUGCUGAUUCACUCCUUCACUCCACCAGUUAGUAAAACACUGUCACCAACCUGCACCCCCCUCCCACUCCCCAAUCCCACCCUCCUUGUUGCUCUCCCGCUAUCAGCACACUGUGUAGCCCAGGUUUAAUGCCAUCUAGAUGAGGAUGUGCAACAAGCCCCUUCUCCUUGAGGACAAUGGGAUGAAAGCCAGGGGAAAAAAGCUUCAGAGGUAGAUGGGAAAAAGAAGAGGCGGCUGUAGUGCAUUGUGUACGCAGACAUACACCCACACGAGUUUCACAGACACACACAAUGCUGCACUAGAAACACAAUCCACACACAGAACCGAUGGGAAGCUUAACAAAGAACCCUAUUGCUAUAAAAGCUUUAUUUUCGCUCAAGGAAAAACAUUGAAAACAAUGUUCUGUUCAUGUCCAACAAUGUUUGUUCUCAGUUGCAUGUUUUCUCUCUGUCUUUUGUUAAUGAAAGUCGGUCGAUUACACCUACAUGUUUCCAGGACACACAACUCAGGAAGGAAGAGACCUGUAGAGAAAAACAAAAAAACUAAAGGGGGACUUAUAGCGUCCUCCUCAUUUACUUGUGACUGCUUUAAGAUUUUCUUUCUGUGCAGUUUGAGAUGCAAUCCAUUUUACCGAUGUCCCUAAAUAGAUUACACUUUAAGAAAUAUUUAUUUCAUAUUUUCCACAAACUAUAACACAGCAGCUUAUGCUGUUAAUCACAUUAAAAUAUACAGCAAAUAAUUGUAGGUAUAUUAGGGUAAUGGGUUUUGUUGUUUUAUGUCACUUUACAAGUUUGCUUAAACUAAUGUCCGCGCUGCUGGAGAAGAAUUCUUUAUAAUUUCUAAACUGGUAUUUAGGCCAAAUGCUUCAAAAAGUGAGUAAUCCAGUAAGCCAUAGUGGGCCAGGCCAGCGCUGACUCACAGCUCAAAAUUACUCGAGGAUUUACAUCAAGACAAAAAAACUCAACAUCUAGCGAUCACACCAGGAACAACGAUUGUCAACAUGUUGACACUUAUGACCCAUAACUUCUCAGUGUUUAUUACUCAGCAGUUAUUGCUUUGUGACCUCACUGCCCAUGAAUUGGACGACACUGAUCUUGGAACUUGGCCUUCUGUUUGAAAAUAACUACCCACCUGAUAGUGUCUUCCAUAGUUGUGACACUUUUUCUGAAUCCAUCAACAGACAGACCGACAUAUAAAUACGUGCCAAAGUGCUCAAACCCACCUCUGUGGUAGCUCCUGCUACUGAUCGGUCUCCAGGACCACAUUUUGUUAUGAUGACACACCCACAGACACAUAUAAACCAUUUGCGGACAUGAUCUCUGGAAAAUUUCCAGACAGUUGAGAGUUUGCCUUCUACAUAUUAAGAACAAGGCAACAGGUACUUCAGCAACAUUCAGGCUACGGUUGGCACCGGAGUAGAGCAAUCAAAUCCAAAUAAUUCAAUCUUUCAGUUGUUAGUUGCACAAAAAGUCAAAUGAAAAGAGUAAGGUAACAAAAGGCAGAAACAGAGAAUUAAGAAUUGCACAAUUGACAAUGACGUCUGCACUGAACACCUCUGGACGUUUCUCUGCCUCACUGAUGACACGGCUUAACAGGUGGUGUCACCCUCCGCUAUGACGUGUUCAGAUAUUCCGAUUGGUGUUGACGGAGGAGAAGCGUAAACCAGGAGAGCAGCCUGGCUAAUGAGGCUUAGCAACGUAAGAGGAGGAGGAGGAGAGGAAGAAGAAGCCUUUUAGCUUGAUGUGUAGAUGCUUAUGAGAAGUCAGAGGGGUCUUAGAUCUUUUCAGCAGAUUCCUCCAGGCGUAACUCUUUGAAGACGAGCCAGUUUAGUCGGAUUCAGUAUCAUGUGAUGAUCUAUGUUACCAAGUUGGAGAAAUGUAUUACAGGGACCUGCAGUGCUGUAUAUUUGAUUUGACAACGUUGAGCAACAGUGGCACUUUAUGGAUGUAGAUCCAAAGAUUUCCGGAUUCUUUGUAUCAAACCACAAAGCGAACAAAGACCCACGUGUUAAUACAAUUGAAAGAGUUUCUUGGACAGCGUGUACUAGAGCGGCUGCCAAAGUCUCACAGAAGAGCUGAGGUGGAUAAGUAAAGCAGAACGGGUGUGGUUGAAUCCGCAGGAGUACAAGUUGUCAGAGGCAUUUAAGUAGCUGUGAUCAGUCAAAAAGUAAAAGCAGACUAAGCAAUCUAUUAAGCAGGUGUUUGCAGACACUGUUUAUACUGGCUGAACUGUUCCUGCUGUGACCCAAUUUCUUAACUCAAUUAGAGUUUUGCUAACGUUAAUACUGUCUAAAUCCUCAGCUGUAUCCAUUGCACUGUUAUCAAAAUGCCCAUUGUGCAAAAGGAGGGUUAAACUGUGCAACAUAAUGCCAUUGACUGCUUAUUCCCUGGAAGGGGGCAGUGGUUCAGCUUGUUUUUAUUGCUAGGAAAAAGAAAACCUGUGCUGACCAAAGCCUGAGCUUAUCGUUCAUGUUUCAGUCUCAUGUUGAGAGCUCUUAAUAGGUGUUGAGAGUCGGUUUAUUGGUUCAUUUUAAUUUAAGGGCGCUAUUGCAGACGACAAAGGAAACUAAUCCAGCAUAAUACACAAUUAAAAGUAAAAGGACCUCCAGUGUUGAUGUGAAUCAGACAGCAAGACCUUGUUAAAAGUUGCUUUGCAACAAAAGAAAGGGAAACCCAAAGUGAUGUUUGACUCCUGAGACAAUGCGUAUCUUACCUGCCGACAAAAAUGUGUAUUUGUUGCGUAAGCAAUAAGUCACACUUGGAUCUAUGACUCCCCUCCCUGAUCUGAUGUCUUCCAGUAGCUUCCCCUUGCUUUGGCCUGUCAUGACAAGUGCACAUGUAGCAGUAAACAUCAGCCGAGAGGCGACAGAACCACCUGGAUCCGGGUCAUGUAGGACAUUUUACCUGAGCAUUUUUGAAGCUCUUUAAAGCAACACAGCUUUUAAACUUCAGUUACUCUAAAAAAAAAAAAUCUCUUUCUAAACCUCCUGCCUCCAAAAGGCAUGUGAGCUGACGUGAAGGAGCCUGAGCUCCAUGCACUGUAAAUACAGUAUAUCGUUGCCUCACUCAGUGUGCAUACUUAUGCAAUGGAUUUUGUUUCUCACGUCUAACACAUGUACUGUCACAUGCUCCACCUCUUUGUUUGGACAUUUGUUCUCAGACUCCCCUCAGCUCUCUUGCAUGAGUUCUGUGAUCAGAGAAAAUAAAGCUCACAGGGGAUCAAGUCUGAAGAAAAAACGCUUCCUGCCUCUGAUCUCCACUCAUAGCCCUGCCUCGAUAGGUUUCUACACUACAGUGCAGCAGUCAAAGAGACUUAAUCAAAGCUGUGAUAGAAUUUCGAAGUGGCUUUUUUUGUCAUAAUCGAUUUAAAAUAUUGGAGGUUUCGUCAUUUAGAGAGAUUGAAGUAAGUUGUAGGGGAGUGGUAAACGGAUACCUUCAAUCCAUAAGGAACAGGUUAUUAUCCUUGCAGUGCUUUGCAGUUCUGGGCUUCAUAACUACAUAUACUGUAGGUUUAACAUAAUUGCUGGCCGUUUUUAAAUGCAGGCUGAUCAGCUUUAGAUGUUAAAGCCAUCCAUUGGUUUUGAAGGAUUUCUGUACAGUAUGGAAAGUUAUUAGCAUUCCCACAAAAGUUUUGUUGGUUCAGUCAGUGAAACGAUGCAGACUUGAUGGAUCACACCAUCUUAAAAAGUUGCCUGCAUUGUCUACACACGUGGUUCGAUGUGUUACAGUAAACAGCAACUGAUUUGUAAUAAAUACCCAUAAAAUAUUUUUUUUUUAAUCCAAAUAAUGUAGAUUAGAUCGAGACUCAAAAUUGCAUAAAAACUCACAUCAUUUGUCGGCUUUUUUGGUCUUUGUCGCCACAAGUACACUGGCUUAUGUUUUUUUUUAUGAAUCAUAAGCAACUUUCUCUUGCUUUAUGAAACCCGGCCUGAAAGUCCAGCCUUCACAACUUCCGCUCUGAUUAAAGCCAGUAUCAGUGCUUUCAAGUAAAGAUCGAGAAGAAGGGGAUUGCUGCACACUGGAUUAACUUGUGCAAACCAAAGAAACAUUUUGAACUCUGUGGUUUUUUUGUGAUUUGCACAAACAAGCCCUAAUAAAAAGGAGCAUGUUUCAUGCAACUUUCUUUUUGUUUUCAGUGUCAUCCAGAACCUGGUGAGGGUCUGUAUAUGAAUACACUUUGUUCUCGUGCAAAGACAAAGCAACACAAGAUUCAUGUUAGGGUUCAUCUAAAGGACCGGAGCUCAUGGGUUGUCCACGUCUUCAUUGUGUGUUGUUUUAAUGCCGUGUCAAUAGGCGGCAGUAGCACUACAAUGGGACUGACCAAGGGUUCUGUUCUCAGACUGAAGCCCUUGUACUUUCUUUUGAUGGUUUGAACCCAAAACAUUUAUUUUUUGUAUUGUUUGUUGUUCCAUCCAUUCGAAAAGGGAGGUAUGCGUCUGUGCCAUAACAUUUCCACGUAUAUGUAUGUACCUAUACAUUGUUUGAAUGAGAUAUACAUCAGCUUUUCUUGUUUGUCACAAUGGAAACCAAAACAAAAAAAUGUUCACCACCUUUAAGGCUGAGACAAAUAAGGCUGGUAUGUUUUUAUCUACUAUAGCAGGCGCUUCACACACUCAAUUAUUUUCUUCUCUUCAAUAUCUUGCACUUAACACAUGUAGCAAUACUUACAGGAUGGGGAAAUUGUGUGUUUCACCAGUAUUUGUUUAAGUGGAAUAUAUGACAUUUUGUUUCUAGAUAUUGUUUGACUUUGUAUAAAACAACAAUAUAUGCUGUACAGAUUCAAAAAAGUAUAUUAUAACAAAAAACUUUUAGAAAAUAUUUAUUUUUACCGUUUUGUAAUUUAGACACAAAACUGUAGCUCCUCUAUUGCCAGACUUACUGGAAGUGCCUCUCGACAAUGUAUUACAACGUAACUAUACAAUAUAUUGGGAAUAUUAGAACCUGUCACUAGCAGAGCAGUGUUGAUGUUGUAAUGUGAAUAUUGUUGAAUAAUAAGAUUUAUAAAUG